GUAUCCGCAACCUAUUCACGCUUUGCGGCAUUGUCACUCCAACCGAGGCUUGGCUUCUUGUAUACAAGCAGUGCUGCGGUCUUCUUUUGUCACUUUCAUUUCGAUUCCAUCCAAUUACUAACGUUGUGUACCACACGCGAUGGAGCCAACCACUCGCUGGUAGACAUGUGGACAAUGUGUUUCUUUCCAUUGGUCUUCGGGAUAUUCGAGAGGAAGGCCUUGCACAGAGGGCAUGAGUGAAGGGUCACGCCUUCCUCCAGGACACGAGGACCACGACGGUAUAAGAGUUGAAGGGUGGAGCAAGUUAUAAGUAGUUCUUUGUUUACAGAGUGAAUAAGGCAUCGGAGUACAUCGAUAUUAUUGUAUGUCAACUUGAUGUAUACCGCUACUCUCCUCUCUCUACUAGCCCUGUCUACCGGGACCUGGGCAAGUUACAAUGCGAACCUGAACUAUCGCAGCCCUUCGACCCGACACACCCGCAUGGGAAUUGACGUCGACUCCGUUCACCGUCGGAGUCUCGCUAAGCGUGAUAAGCCCCGAUUCCAUCCCUCUCAGCUGAACUUCACCCACGGUGUAGCUUCUGGGGACCCCUAUGCGGACAGUGUGAUUCUCUGGACUCGUGUCGCUCCGUCCCUGGAGUCUGACAUGAGUGAAGUCACCGUGUCAGGGACGGUGGGAUUGUAUAGCCAUAACACCGAGUCGUACAUCAAGGCCUCGGCACACCCUAUCUGUGUCGACUAUCGGGUGUAUGAGGAUAAAGAGCGUCAUCAGGUUGUCGAUAAAGGUCGAGCUUAUACUACCAGCGAUAUCGAUUAUACCCUAAAGGUUGAAGCCACCGGGCUUAAACCUUUCACCACCUACUGGUACCAGUUCCAAAUCUGCAAUUCAAAUAUCACCAGUCCAAUAGGAAGAACCAAGACUGCCCCAGGCCCUGAUGAUGCAACGGAAGAAAUCAAGCUGGCUGUUUAUUCCUGCAGUAACUACCCAUCCGGAUAUUUCAACGCCUAUGGAAAUGUCGUCCGGAAAGACAGCGUCGACUACGUGCUUCACCUCGGAGACUAUAUUUACGAAACCAGAAACGGUAUCGUCGGGACGGAAGAACGAGCUGUUCUUCCCGAGAGGGAUAUAUUCACUCUCUACGAUUAUCGCACUCGACUUGGAUUUUAUCGCACCGAUCUGGAUCUUGUCGCAUCACACCAGAACUUUGCUUGGAUUCCUGUCUGGGAUGACCAUGAAAUCGCCGACAACGGCUACAGAGAUGGCUCCAGCCAUCUGAACAAUACGGAAGAGUCAUUCCGCAAUGACGGGCCCCAUGUCAGUGUUGAUCAGCGCAAGAUGAACGCCGUCCGGGCGUAUUUCGAGUGGAUGCCUCUUCGUCAAGUUGACAUGGAUGACGGCCUCCGCAUUUGGCGCUCGUUCAAGAUGGGAAACCUUUUUGACUUGAUUAUGCUGGAUACACGUCAUUACGAUCGCAGCAUUACAGAUCUAUCUAAUCUUCCAGACUGGAAUACCAAGUACAUCGAAGAGAUCCAGAACGAUGCCGGUCGGACCUUGAUGGGCGGCCGUCAAGAGACAUGGUUCGAGAAGCAGCUGACAGCUUCAAAUGCCCGUAGAGCCAAGUGGCGUAUCAUCGGGAGCCAAGUUCGCUUCGCCCGACUUGGAAAGGAGACCAAUGGAAAGGUUACCUAUAAUAUGGAUGCUUGGGAGGGCUACCGCGCGAACCAAAAUCGUACCCUGAAACACCUGUAUGACAACAAUAUCGGCAAUAAUAUCAUGAUUGCGGGUGACACGCAUGUUAACUGGGUGAGCGACAUUGCCUGGAUCGGUGAGAAACCAUAUGACAACAGGACUGGUGCCGGUAGCAUCGGCGUCGAGUUCGCAGGCACCGCAGUGAGCAGCACUGGCUUUGGGGGUACCAUCAGUAGUGCUGAGAAGAUCGCUGCUUCAUAUGCGGCCAACGACGAUCUGCAGUGGAAUGAGGGAUACUACCGUGGGUAUUUUGAGCUGCACCUGAGACAGGACGAGGUGGAGGCGAAAUAUUUUGGAUGCCCUACUGUGGCUACCCGGAAUAGCUGGGAACUUCCCCUAGCCAAUUUCACCGUCAAGCAUGGUGAUAGCCACCUGACUCGACCGAUUGCCGGGGGACAUGUAGAAGCGGGUUAUAUCCACCAAGGUGAAGUGAAGCACAGUAACCUGACCCUUAAUACUGAGACCGGGCAGUGGCAGGUGGUAGGGUUUGACCAGAUGUUCGUUGCGUAA